UCCUUCAUCCACUACCAAACACCGUAUUAUAGGUUUCUAGGGUUUUGCCCCACCACCCACUUCCGCUGUACUCGGCUCGCCGCCACCACUUCCGUAUUUUCUAUCAACAUUUCUAUCCAUAAUGCCAACUUGUGUAUAAUAAAAGAAUACAAAAUAUGGGCAGCAGCGGUAGGCUCCUAAUGAUCCUUUCUCCUCCUUCCCCUAUCCUCCUCCAUCAACGCCGUCCCUUCUCCUCCCUCCUCCGCCUCACCCGUCACCGCAUGCGGCUAUCCUUCUUCCGUCAACAUCAUUUUACGCCACUCCGCCCUUUGCUACCCAUCAUUGAAACCAAAAAAGACUCGUUCUUGUUUCUUCCCAGACCUUCACCACGCCAUUUCCACGCCCAAACCGCCUCCUCAAAUUUCGCCAAUUCCUCCUUAUUGGCUCCACCCAAUCUUUCAUGGCCCGAAUUCUCCGCUCUUCUUAACAACAUAUCGGCCGCAGGCUACUUCAAUUCCCAUCAUACCUCCAAUGAGCUUGCGGCGGAUGCUUCCCAGUUGCCAGAAGAGUUUCUAGUUGUGUUGAAUGCCUGCUUGGCUUUCGCGCGUGAUAAAACGGACCUUCUAAGAUUGCUUUCGAGGAAGGAGAUUGAGGUGGUGGUGCAAAACGGGAAGCCUUUUUUGUUCAAGGAUGAGGAGGAGUCCGCAAGGAGGUUGACGGUGUUCCUAAAUAGCGGUGAAUGCAAUGUUGCAGAUGUCGAUAAAGCGAACACGGUUGAUUUAAUGAGGUUUUUAUUGAGUUAUGCAAGCAAUGUUACCUCUUCGUUGGAUAGAACCAGUCUCUACAACACAGAUCUUGUUGAAUCUUCUGUCCGUCAUUUGCUGGGCGAGUUGGCAAAACUGAGUGACAGUCUUCCAGUUUCAAACUAUUCCGAACAUGAGCAAAAUGGACAAAUGGCAAGGUCUUUUGGGCCAAAUAUUGAAAUGAAAAGAGGUGACUGGAUUUGCCCGAGAUGUAAUUUUAUGAACUUUGCAAGAAAUGUGAAAUGCCUCGAGUGCGAGGAAGAACGGCCCAAGCGGCAAUUGACUGGUGGAGAGUGGGAGUGUCCCCAAUGUAAUUUCUUUAAUUAUGGGAGGAAUACAGUAUGCUUGAGGUGUGCUUGCAAACGUCCAGGACAGAUCUCAGUUGGUAAUGCGUACUCUAGGCCGGCUUUAGCAUACAGCAAUCAGACUUCUUCAAAUAAGGCUGAUCUUGAUAGGCGCUUAGCUGCCAAUGAAGAGAAGGCGCGACGAUGGUUUAGUAAGGUUUCUCAGCUCGACUGUACCGAUAUGAGCUCUGCCAUAGCAGAUGAAGAUUUCCCAGAAAUCAUGCCUUUGAGGAGAGGUGUUAAUAGAUUCGUUGUGAGUACAAGGAAAUCACCUCUGGAGAGGAGGUUGGCUGAUGCUCAGUACCGUAGAAACAUGGAUAAUGAUGGCAUUCCUGGUCGUAACAAUUUUCAGACUGGGGAAGUAAAUAAGACCCUGGAUGCCCAAGUUAAUCGGAGUUUAGAUGAGAUUCUUGGUCGUCCAUCUAAUGAUGCUAGCAUCAAUACUGGAGCAGAGAAUGCUCCUGUUUCUACUACAAUUCAGGACGGUCAUCCUAGAGUAGCCAAGUCUAAUAACGUUCCAUUUGUGCCAUUACCAGCGGAUAUGUUUGCGAAGAAAUCUGAAAAUUUGGAGAUGCAGGAUAGUCGAAAAGAUGUAUCGAAUGAACACAACACUGAUGUUUCAAAUGCAGUUGGACAAGUGGAUGCUGUUUCUGGGAGUGAGGAUUUGCUGAGGUCUCUAGGAACUCAGCAACAUUCGGAGAAAGAAAACCUCGAUGAAGAGGUAGACCAAGCUGAACAAUCUGAGGGAUGGUUUAAGAAGGUUGCGGAGCUCCACAAUGUUACCGAUCUUGCCACUGCAAUUCCUGGUAAGGACUUCCCCAAAAUCAUGCCUAUGCGCAAAGGAGAGAAUAAAUUUGUUGUUAGCAGAAAGAAAGACCGUUCUUUGACUUCUCCGACUUACAAGAGACUUGUGGCAACCGAGCAAGCUAGCAAUACCAAUUAUGUUCCCUUUGUCCCCUUCCCACCUGACUACUUUGCUAAGAAGGAUAAACUGCAGACAAAUGGAACAGAUUCUAGUGCAAAAGCAGCUGGAGAAACUUCAACUGUGACACCAGGGCAGCCUUCACAUAAGUUAUCCGAGAUGUCUGUUACAGAUGAUAUGCAGUCAACGCAAAAUCAACAGAUGCAAAGCUGGACCUUGAAACCUUCUGGAGGAAACUCAAGUGAGACGAGGAGAGACGCAGCUUAUCCGGAACAGACUAGUGGAUAUUCAAAACCAAGUUCUCUCAAACCCCGAACAAGUACUAAUGCCAGUAGGAAACAGGUGACCGAUUUUCCUGGAAGUUCAACCCCACAGUCCGGGCAUCAGAAUGUUCGGAGUAGUUGGAGUGGAAAGAGUUUGGAAGGUUCAGCGGUGAAGGAACCAGAUCCUCUGGACAUGUCGGAAGAGGCCAAAGCUGAGCGGUGGUUUCGCCGUGUUGCUCAGAUAAAGGACAUUUCAGAGCUCAGCCAGAUCCCCGACGAGGAUUUCCCAUCUAUAAUGCCAAUGAGGAAAGGGGUGAAUAGGUUUGUUGUAAGCAAACGGAAAUCGCCGCUGGAGAGAAGGUUGACAUCUCAGCAGUAUCGUAGAAAUCUUCCAGAUGUUAAUUCGGGUCCGGGGAAAAAAGGAAACUAAUAAUAACUAAGGUAAUAAACGCAACUUUGUAUUUAUACAUGAUACAUUUUUUUUGAAAAAUCCCAUCAUGCUCUUUGUAGCAAUUAUUCAUUA